UUGAAGCUAAAAUUUAUAAAGUUAAUUUAAUCACUGCACCGUUUAUUGAAAAAGAUUUUAGUAUGAAAGAUCGCGCUAAUAGACAUGAUGAUAAAGUCCAGAGGAAAAGAAGAAGACAAAUUGCUAGAUCCCGUAAUUUCAAUUUGUUUAAUGGAUUAGCCAAUGAACGUUAUACUUUAUUUAUUGAUUCUGAUAUUGUUUCUAUUGAUCAUCCGAAAAUGAUUCAUCAUUUUAUUAAUCUGAAAAAGGAUAUUUUGGUUCCCAGAAUUGCUAGAGCUGAAAAUCCCGAUUAUGAUAAGAAUUCUUGGAGAGGUGAAAGAACAAAACCAACCAAAAAUCAAUUAGAGAAAAUGAAUCAGAAUGAUUGGGAUAAUUGGGAUUAUGUUCCUAGAGACGUUACCGAAAAUAUGUUUCAUUUACAGUCGUUUGUUGAGAAUCCAGUUUCUACCCUGGAAACUUAUUUGGUGCCCUUGGAUUCGGUUGGCGGUGCCAUUCUUUUCGCUAAAUCAAUCAUCUAUAAACAAGGUGUGGUUUUCCCUCCCAAUUACAUCAUUGGUACCACUUGGGAGAGAUUCGAAGGUUAUGAUGGAAUUGAAACCGAAGGUUUAUGUUAUAUUGCCAAAUCCUUGGGCUAUUCCUGUUGGGGGAUGCCAAACUUACUCGCCCAGCACGACGCUGACUAACCAUUUACUUGUAUAAAUUUAUAAAUUUAUUCCACGUCAUAAUUCUAUAAAAGUAUACUUUAUAUUCUACUUCAUGUUAAACUGUUAUAAUCUACUUCAUGUUAAACUGUUAUAAUCUACUUCAUGUUAAACUGUUAUAAUCUACUUCAUGUUAAAC